AAACGUUAUCGGAAAAAGUGCACAAUGCUGUUAAACAUGAUCCAAACAGAACAUAAAAUUUUAGAUAAAUACUGAGCGCAAUCAAAAAAUACAUUCAGUUUACAGUUACACUCGCACGACAAUAGUUACACUUUCGACUUUAAUAUCAAUAUCAUUGACGUCAUUAACAUCGGCACAAUGGUUGUGUUGGAAGAACAGUGCGUGUACGAAAAAAAUGUAAGUGAUACGCCCGCUAUAAUAAUCGGUUUCCGUCGUGUGCAUUUUGCCGACAAAUUUGAUUUACUAGUGCAUGACAUUGAUGGGUUCUUUAAUGCAACUGAGAUGUGUGCAAUGCAUUCAAAAAAACUCAUUCACUUUCAAGAGGGUAAACGUUUCAAAGAUUUAGAACAAUUGUUAUUGACUCGGCUCGAAUUUGGAGACCCUGUGCGAUAUACCAAUUGUGAUUUGGGAUAUACCGAUCAAUCCGCUGUUGGUGGUACGUACUACCAUCCGAUACUGUUUCUGGCCCUUGCAUUGUGGUGCAGCGAAGAAUUUUACGUCAAAGCCGCCAUAUUGGUAAAUGGAUUCUUCAACCGAAGUGUAGAACGCCGUGCACUAUUUGAUCGAACAUUCGCACUCAAGACAACAGUGGGUAAUGAACAUUGCGCAUACUCAAUAACCCCACUCCAGACGUUGAUUGUCCCGAUAGACUCUGAGUUAUCACAAUCCCAAAUUCCGACCACCUAUGAGUCAUCAUCUGAGACACAAGUAAUGUAUGGUGGUUUUGAACUUCUGGUGGAUGAUCACAAAUGGUUUAAUGCUUCAAAGUUCUGUUAUAAAUAUACGGAUCAACAAAAACGGUUACAAUAUUUUUCCAAAACAAAUUUUUUUCUUCGACUUGUCGAACACAUACGUCAAAACCUGCAACUGGAUCCGGUGCGUGACUGUUCCGAUGCCGUUGAUCGAGAGUCGAUCGAAUACGGUACGUUUUAUCAUCCAUUACUGUUUCUUGCACUCGCUUCGUGGAUAAGUUUGGAAUUCUACGUCAAGGCUGCGCACAUAGUAUUUGCUUAUUUUUCGUCAUAUGACCGUGACGAGUCUAUGAAGAUGUUGGCGCUGGGUGAACGGCCUGGAGAUACUACAGCAGUAUUUCCUACGAAUAUUGUUGUAGAACCGACACCCUCAACAUCUACAUAUUUUGCCAAAUCACCGACCGUGUGUGAACCUGAGAUCAUUAUUAAACCAACACCAUCAAAAUCGGUGAACUUUUCCACAAUAUCAUCACAGAUAGUCCAUGAAUCUGAUACUACAACAAUUAAUACACCAACAUAUGAACCAAAUACUACACCUAUGACACCCGAGUCAAAACUACCAUCUUCAGUCACGUGGAUCGAUGAAUCGUCAUCAUCAACAUUUGCCGAUAGAGAUGAAGAAAUGUUCAUGGAAACCAAUUACACCGAAGCCGAAAUGGAAUUGGUACGUAAAGAGUGGCAAUUGCGUCUAGAUCAUAUGGAACGACAACACCAGUUGAAACUCAAAGAGGCUCAAUACGAGUUAAGUCAACGACUGUCACAAAAAGAAUACGAAGAACGAACACUACGCGAACAAUUAAAAAACAAGGAAAUUGAUGAUGAUGAGUUACGUAAACACUUGGCAACUAUAGAGACGGAAUCUAGACACCGCGAAUGUGAGUUACGUCAGCAAUUGGAACGUAACAAGGCAAAAGCAAGACAAUUGCGAACACAACUCGUACAAAAAGAAGCCGAAAUUGAAAAAAGUAAUCGUGAAAAUGAACAACGUUUGGAACAAAUGCGUUCGCGUCAGGAACGUGAAGUCGAGCAAAAGCGACGGAAAGACGUGGAAUUAGCCAGUAGGUUAAAAGCCGCAGAGAGUGAAAAGAUCACUUAUUUUUUACGCAGCACCGAGCAAAGGCGACAAGUCGACGAGCUCACACAACAGCUGGAACAAAUGCGCUUGUCCAAUGAACGAUUACGCAUGACCACAUUGAAACGUAACCCGGUAGCGGAGAAGCAAAAUUGUAUUCGGGAGGUGUACCAAGCGAAAUUCGGCAUGGAUCGUUUGGAAAUGCUGGUGGUGACAAGUAUCGCUGGUCCGGGACAACAGUUUUACGGUUUUCGACGCAAGUUGAAUGGUGCAUUUUAUGCAAUUAACAAACGGAUGCAAGUGGCAAUGGGAGAACGUGUGAUGUUGUGGUUCGUGUCCAACAAUGCCAAACAAGACUUUAUUGAUUGCAAAUCAUAUUUGUUUGAUAAAGCGUAUAAAACGGGUGUGGAAUUACAAACGCGGAGCAAUACUAUUGGCAUUGAAGAAUCGACUAACAUCGAAAAAUUCGAUACCAUAUGUUUGUUACGUGAUUUUGGUAGACUCGCAGGUAUGAUAGAACUCGACGCUGGAUAUAUGCAGACUCUUUUGGAACUGGCACAAAAUCAGUACACUUCGACAGAUCAACUCAACGAUGAAGAUAUCACUGGUACUUUUGCGCAAAGCCGAAACGCAAUCCGAUCAAAUGUUCAUCGAUAUAUAUAAAUAUAUAUUAAAUGAUUACAAAAAAUCGUUUACAUAAAUUGAUUAUAUUAUCACAAUAUUUCGUCUGUAUAAAUUAUUGUUUAUAUUUUUUAUUAUUAUUAUUUUUAUUUAUAUAAUUAUAUAUACAUUAUUCAAUACAGUUACAUAUUAUGUAGGUACCUCUAUCAUUUAUUAUUAAUGUUAUUUUAUAUUAAAUAAUUA